AUGGAGGCGUGCAGGGGCCGUGCGGAGGGUCGCCGGGCCUUCGACAGCAUCUGCCCCAACAGGAUGCCGGCACUGCCUAGUCGGCCCCCGGGGAAGCCGGGGAAAUUGGAGAAGAAGUUCGCCCCUCCGCGGAAGUUCUUUCCUAUCUGCAGCGGCGGCAGCCAGGUGUCAGUGUACGAAGAUCCUGCGGACGCGGUGCCCAUUGCGCUCCCAGCCCUCACCACCAUAGACCUGCAGGACCUCGCCGACUGCUCCUCGCUACUCGGGCCCGACGCGCCGCCUAGUGGUAAUCCCGCCGCCUUGCAGAACCAUUCUUUGCAAGCAGAACCAGACUUCACCGAUCUGCAGGAUUUCAGAGACACGGUGGAUGAUCUCAUUGCAGACUCCUCUUUGAUGUCACCCCCCUUGGCGGGCAGAGACUAUCCCUUCUCGCCCUGUGAUGUGUCACCAUUCGGAGCCUGCGUCUCCCGGCCGCAGCAGCUAGAUCCAGGGGUCCUGCAGUCACCUCCACUGCGCCCUCCAGACGUGCCCCCGCCGGAGCAGUACUGGAAAGAAGUGGCUGACCAGAACCAGAGGGCACUGGGGAAUGCUCUCGUAGAGAAUAACCAGCUGCAUGUGACACUAACCCAGAAGCAGGAGGAGAUUGCCUCGCUCAAAGAGCGGAACGUUCAGUUGAAGGAACUAGCUAACCGGACUCGGCACCUGGCCUCUGUACUCGAUAAGCUUAUGAUCACGCAGUCCCGGGAGUGCAGGGCGGAGGCCGAGCCCUUCCUGCUUAAGGCGACGGCCAAAAGGAGCUUGGAGGAACUGUUCAGUGUUGCUGGGCAGGAUUGCGCCGAAGUGGAUGCCAUCCUGAGGGAGAUUUCCGAGCGCUGUGAUGAAGCCCUGCAGAGCCAGGACCCCAAGCGACCCCGGCUGCAACCAGAGCACACGAGCACCGACUGCAGGCCCGGGAACUUGCACGGUGCUUUCCGGGGGCUUCGUACUGACUGCAGCCUGAACACGCUGAACCUGAGCCAAAGCGAGCUGGAAGAGGGUGGCUCUUUCAGUACCCCCAUCCGCAGCCACAGCACUAUCCGUACCCUUGCCUUCCCCCAGGGCAACGCCUUCACCAUCAGGACAGCCAAUGGGGGUUACAAAUUUCGCUGGGUUCCUAGUUGA